AUGGCGGCUGUCUGCUCGCCCUCACAGCCACUGAGUAAUGAACCUCUUCUAAGGUCAUGUUUCCCCAGCCUGAUGACUGUUGGGCUGUGGGGCCAUGGAGAGCACAUUUUUAUGGAGCAUCUAGUCUCAGACUGCCUCACCUCUGACCCCGGGCACAAGCUGGAUAGUCUUAGGGACCUGUGGGAACUGGCCUCCUUCCUGGCAUCUCAUGAAUUAUUCACAGCACCAUUGUCUGGGUGGCCCUCACCUGUUGACAGGUCCACUGGAGAGGUGGUAGUGGUGGUGGUGUCUACCCUCAGUGCAGACAGCUGCUGGCACAAAGACCUUCAACGUGGGCUGAAACUGGUAGUUUAUCACAGGAUAGUGGGGGCUUGCUAUAAAGGAUGUGACUGUCUCUCCGAUAUCAAAUACAUCAACUGCUCUUCUGGGAAUUUCACCACUCUGGUCAGCAACAUCGCCCGCAACACAGAGUACCUGGACCUGUCCAGAAACCUGCUGACAGUGCUGCCGCUAGACUCCCUGGGACGACUGUGGAGGCUGCGGGUGCUGCUGCUGAGAGAAAACAACAUCAGCCUGGUUUCAGAUGGGGCUUUCUCUCACCUGCUGGGCCUCCGCAGGCUGGACCUGAGCCACAACCGGCUCUCUACCCUGGGCGAGGGCUUCUCCACAGGGUUGGGCACCCUCAUGGAACUCCUACUUAGCCACAACUCUCUCACCGUCCUGGAGAGCGGCAGCUUCCAGAACUUGGACAACCUUCAGAAGCUGGACCUCAGCGCCAACCUCAUCCAUCUGGUGUAUCCCAGGGCUCUGGGCAGCAUGACUGCUCUGCGGCGCCUCCAUCUGGAAGGGAACCGCCUGGCCAGCCUGGGUCCCGACCUGUUCUCCACCCUGCGCUCCCUGGAGGUACUGGGCCUGCGGGGGAACCAGGUGAGCUCCACUGAGGCGGGGGUCUUCACCCCUCUCUCCCGCCUGGCUCUGUUGGACCUGGGCCACAACCGCCUCAGCACACUGGGAUUCCGGACCCUGCUGAGCAUCCGCACUGCCAGCCUCCAUGUCCUGCUGGAGGGGAACCCCUGGCACUGCGACUGCGACCUUCAGCGAGUCUUCAGUAAGCUGAACGCAGUCCAUCGCCUCUUCCUGGACGACCUCGGGGCUCUGCGGUGCAGCGACCCGCCAGAGCUGAGGGGCAGGUCCAUGGGCGACGUGGAGGCGGAGCUCUGUGUGGGUGAGACGGUGACCGUGCUCAUCCUGACUAUUACCGUGGUGAUCACCGUGGUGGCGGCCAUUAUCAUGGCAGAGAAGAACAAGAAGAACAGUAAGGAGUGGACGGAGGAGAGCGUGGGACUGGAGGCCUACUGCGACAACUAG